CACGAGUAACUUGGAUACUCACAGAAUAGCAACCAUGAGAAUACAAUUCCAUACUGUUAAAAGGCCUUUGUUGUUAAAUCUGCAAAGAUAUAUACAGUGUAUAUAUCCUCACCUUACGUCUGGAAACAAACUCUGCAGUAAAUAUGCAGCGGCAUCCAUUUCAACAUUUGCCCUCGGUAAUCAUAAGAACAAAUCUGCAGUCGAGCGUAAUCCUUAAAACGUAAAACCUGGUGCAAAAUUAGGAAUCAAUAAACAAUGCCUGCAGCAUGUUUUCGGUCAUGUCACCGUUGUUAUACAAAAUGUAAAUGUGAUUUUUUAGGUAACAGCUCAGCCAGUACGCUUACUUGGCGUGUGAUUGCCUCUGGGUUUUAUGUGGUACCGUGGAAUCGUAAGCUGCAUUUUUUCAAUGGAGAACGCAAUAAGAACAGCGAUUUUUGUAAAUGUGAUCGAAUUGCCGCUGUUGAUAGGAAAUUUGAGAGAAGCGGAGAGGUUUUUUACAUCAAUUCUGGUUUCAUUCUGAAUAAUUCAAUUAAAAGGAAGCUGUUAACAACAUGGCAGGGCCAAGUCGAGAUGAGAACAGUUACGCCAAAGCUUAACCAACUGUUUGAGAACAUGCCAGAACGGAAUGUUCAAAAGUUUGACAAAAUACCUGGAGGAAACGACGAAAUGCCUGCACGAAGUAUUGAGGCGUGGAAUUUGAAGAUUAGCAGGUUAGCGCAGAGUGGUAAAAUAGAGGAUGCACGACAAGUUUUUGAUAAAAUGCCUGAACGAAAUAUCGUGUCUUGGAAUUCGAUGAUUGCAGGGUAUGGUCAGAAUGGGAAGUUGGAGGAUGCACGCCAACUGUUUGAUGAAAUGCCCGAACGGAAUGUGAUUUCAUGGAAUGGUAUGAUUGCGGGGUAUGUGCAGAAUGGAAGAGCAGAGGAGGGAACUGAAUUGUUCGAGACUAUGCCUGAGAGGAAUUAUGUGUCGUGGACAACAAUGAUUGCAGGGAUUGUACAGAAUGGGAGAUUAGAAGAUGCGCGCCAUCUGUUUGACAGAAUGCCAGAGAAACAUGUGCGGUGUUGGAAUGCAAUGAUUGCGGGGUAUUCGCAACACGAACGGAGUGUAGAGGCAGUGGAUUUUUUUAAAAAGCUGCUGCAAUCUGGUAUGACGCCAAAUUCUUUCACCUUUCCAAGUGUACUGAGGGCAUCUACAAAUUUAGAGGCGGUUGAAUUGGGUAAACAGAUACAUGCUUGUAUUGUGAAAAAAGGACUUGAGUCAGACGUGUUUGUGGGAAGUGGCCUUGUCACCAUGUAUUCCAAGUGUGGGAUUGUAGGGCAUGCACUGCAGGUGAUGAAUAAAAUGUCAGAACCAGAUUUGGGAUUGUGGAAUGCUAUGAUUUCUGGGUUUGUGCAGAACGGGAGAAUGGAAGAAGCUCGUGAUUUCUUUUUAAAUUUAGCACAACCAAAUGUGGUCUCUUGGACUUCAAUGAUUGCAGGAUGUGCCCAGAAUGGGUAUGGUGAGGAGGCAUUAUUUUAUUUAAUUGAAAUGUUAAGAACAGGGGUGAAAGCUAAUGAAUUGACUCUAACCAGUGUUCUUAGAGCAUGUGCUAGCCUAGCAGCUUUAGAACAGGGCAAGCAGGUCCAUAGUCAUAUUUAUAAGACAACGUUCAAUAACAAUAUAUUUGUGAAGAAUGCUCUUAUUACUAUGUAUGCCAAAUGCGGAAGCAUAGAAGAUGCAGGCGAAGUCUUCACUGUAAUGCCAGAACGAGAUGUGAUAUCAUGGAAUGCUAUAAUUGCUGGAUACGCUCAACAUGGACAUGCAAAAGAGGCGCUCAUACUCUUUGAACAGUUACUGCAGGCAGGCACUAAGCCGAAUGAGAUUACCUUUCUCGGCGUUCUUUCUGCCUGCUGCCAUGCAGGCCUUGUGGAUAAAGGCUGGCACUACUUUGAUUCUAUGGUACAAAAUCAUUGCCUAAGAGCAGGUCCCGAGCAUUAUGCCUGUAUGGUUGAUCUUCUUGGUCGUGCUGGUUGCCUCAAUGAGGCAGAGAAUCUCAUCAUCCAAAUGCCUAUGAAACCAGAUGCUGUUAUUUGGGGUUCCUUGCUUAGUGCCUGCAAAAUUCAUGUAAAUGUAGAGUUAGGAAAGCUUGCUGCAGAACAUCUAUUUGAGUUAGAACCAGGCAAUGAAUCAACACAUGUUUUAUUAUCAAGCAUUUAUUCUGCUGCGUCUAUGUGGGAUGAUGCAAGAAAUGUCAGAAUGAUGAUGAAGGAAAAGAGGAUAAAGAAGACACCUGGAUACAGCUGGAUGAAUAUCAAACAUAGGGUACACGUAUUUGUCACUGGAGACAGAACCCACCCAGAAUCAGAGAGGAUAUAUGAAAAGCUGAAUGAAUUGGCCAAGCAGAUGGAGCAGGCAGGGUAUAAACCUGAUAGCAACUUUGUACUACAGGAUGCAGCAGAAGAAAGAACCCAUUCUCUACUAACAUCAUGAGGAGUUACAAUUACUUUUCAGCUUAUUAGUGCAAACUCUGGGAAGCCUAUGUGGGUGAUCAGAAACCUUCACGUGUGUAGAGACUACCACAUGACUAUCAAGUUCAUUUCAUUCCCGGGCAGAAAAUUUCAAACCGCUUCCAUCAUUUCAAGGAUGAAUUUGUUCCUUUGGAUUCCAAAGAUGGAUUUUGUUCCCAUGGACAUUAUUGAUGAUGGAUGCAAAAGAUUCUGAGUAUUCUCUCUUGUUUUUGCCUUUUGCAACACGGAGUUGAACGGCAAUUGAAGGUGGCAUCGAUGCCCAUCGACAAUCUCUGAGGCCCGUGAGAAACAGAUCUUUAUAAAACCAAGUUUGUGGCAAAGCCAUAAGGUGUAUAGCCUUUACCAGAUUAUAUUUGGACUGACUCAAUUGAGAAUCAAAGCUACACUGGAAAUGCUAUCAUAGCUCUAUCAUAUUGGAAUUUAUUUGGCUUGAGUAUUGUUUCCAAAACACAUUUUCCCUACAAGAGAUCGAUAUUCUCAGAUUCUUUUAAUAAAUUGCUUGUCUACCUUC